AUGACCGCCGCUACCGCAAACGAAAAGCCUCCCCAACAAGUGGACAACAGCCUGUCAAGCUCGAUUCCCGACAGCAACAGCACCGAAAGCCACGAUGAUGCGGCACAGCACGACGCGUCCGACCCGGGGCCUCCUCCAGACGGAGGCUUCCAGGCGUGGUCUCAAACUGUUGUCGCUCAUCUGGUCAUGUUCAACUCCUGGGGAUACAUCAAUUCCUUUGGAUUCUUCCAGUCUUACUACGUCUCUGCUUUAGGAGUUUCUCCGUCCGCAAUCUCCUGGGUCGGCUCUGUUCAAAUCUUCCUCAUCUUUUUCGUCGGCACCUUCUCAGGACGCGCGACCGACGCUGGGCACUACCGAAAGGUUAUAGUGGCCGGACUCUUCCUUCAGCUUCUUGGAGUAUUCAUGACGUCGUUGUCGACAAAGUACUGGCAGUUAUUUCUCGCCCAAGGAAUCUGCACAGGGCUUGGCGAUGGAAUGACGUUCUGCCCAACGAUUGCGCUUCUGGCGACGUACUUCGUCAAGAGACGAUCGAUGGCUAUUGCCAUAAACGCUUCAGGUGCUGGCAGUGGUGGAAUAUUCUUUCCACUGAUUGCCCAACAACUACUGCCCAAGAUUGGAUUUGGCUGGACGGUCAGGGUCAUGGGAUUCGUGAUGCUGUUCAACACAGUCAUCAUUCUCGCUUUGGCUCGAACGAGACUGCCACCAAGAAAACUGGGACCAAUUGUUGAAUGGUCAAGUUUCAAAGAACUUCCUUACGCGUUGUUCUGCGUUGGAAUGUUUCUCAGCUUCUGGGCAAUCUUCUUCGCGUUCUACUACUCGGUAUACCAGCACGCAUACUUCUAG